CUCCCUCAGAACUGCUGCCCGCAUGCAGCCCCGGACACAGCUUCUAGCCCAAGUUCUACCCUUCUCCCUUGGAGGGGCCCUGCGAGACACUGGGCUCCGGCUGCCUGUCUUUAAGAUGGGCACAGGGUGGGAGGGCUUGCAGCAGACCCUGAAGGAAGUUGCCUACAUCCUCCUCUGCUGCUGGUGUAUCAAGGAACUGCUGGAUUAAUGGCAACAGGAACUGCCUCCUCUCCCCUCUGGCACAAUGGCUGGCAUCACUCAGGUGGGCAGGGUGGGGCAAACAGGAGGCAUGGAUGCAGCUUCUGCAGCAUAGCUUGCCUCUCAACUUCCCAUUCUCUUCUUUAGCACCCAGCCAACCCCCAUCAAGACUCCUGGGGCCAGCUGUGCUUGACCAAGGAUGGGCCACAAGAGUGAAGUGUGGAUCCUGCUUUGAGUUGUGCCAUCUGUCAGACCUGCCUCUUCUCUGAGCCUCUCUUCCCAGCCCCCACCUCAAGUGGACCUCUGGUGGACAGGAGCUUGGCCUGCUGGCUAGGACCCCAAUAAGAUGGCAGCAGGACCUGGUAUUCCUCCAAGCUUGGUACAGUGAGCCCACCAGUCCAGAUGGUUGAUCUUAACCAUACUCUCUUAGUACCAGGAAUGGACCACUCCCUAAGAUAUCUGUUUGAGAAUCAGUGAAUUUACAUGCAAUAAAUAGACCUUGAGGCCAAA